GCUUAUAAGCACACUCAACAAUUGCCCAUAUCUCUAUAUAUGUAUCAUCGCCUAUCCAAUCCCUCUGUCUCUGUGUGUAUAAUCAUCUUUAUUUCUUGAAGCCAAAUUUACCGUAACAAAUGGCAGAAGACGAACCUAAGAAGGUCGAAUCAGAGACGCAAUCGGAGGCUCCACCAGCUCCAGCGACGGCACCGGAAUCCGCCGAAGAUAAAUCCGUAACUCCACCACCACCACCACCUGUUCCUGCUCCUGAAGAGAAGCUUGAUGACUCCAAAGCUCUCGCCAUCGUCGAAAGCGUUCCAGAUUCUGAAAAAGAGAAAACUGCUGAGGGUUCUAUUAACAGAGAUGCUGUUCUUGCACGAGUUUCAACUGAGAAGAGGUUAUCCCUAAUCAAAGCAUGGGAAGACAGUGAGAAGUCAAAAGCAGAGAACAAAGCUCAUAAAAAGCUAUCUUCCAUCGGAGCAUGGGAGAACAGCAAGAAAGCUGCCAUAGAAGCUGAGUUGAAACAGAUUGAGGAGAAAUUGGAGAAACAGAAGGCCCAAUAUGUGGAGAAAAUGAAAAACAAGAUUGCACUCUACCACAAGGCAGCAGAAGAAAAGAGGGCAAUGAUUGAAGCCAAACGCGGCGAAGAUCUUCUCAAGGCAGAGGAAACGGCAGCGAAGUAUCGUGCCACUGGAAGUGCACCAAAGAAACUACUUGGAAUAUUUUGAAGUAUCAAACCUGGUUAAAAAACAAUGAAUUUCUAUUUGUAAAGUUUCUUCUUUGGGCUUGUUUUUGUAUUUUGGGCUGUUUUACGUGCUUAUUUGCUGGUCAAUUUCUUACUGUUCAUUAUUGUGUGUAUAGUGAUGUAUUUCUAUGUAUAUGUACAAAACAGAUUUCUUUGGAAUGAAGAUUAUUAUUCAGUUUA